AUGCAUGAAGUCACUUUUGUACUGCGAGGGACGAAGGAAUUGGAUCACAAGAGGGAAUUCAUGUCAUCUGAACCGCCGCCCACGCUAAUUUUUGGCUACGGCUCCAUUCUGUGGAAGCAAGAGUUUGAGCACAGCCGCAGCUUCCCGUCCUGCAUCCCCGGCUACAGGCGCGUGUUCUAUCAGGGCAGCACUGACCACCGCGGGGUGCCCGGCAAACCCGGGCGCGUGGUGACGCUGCUGCCAAGCGAUGCGCCCGAGGCCUGGGUGGCAGGCGUUGCGUAUGAGCUGCCGUCGGAGCCCAGCAAGCAGGCGGCAAUUCUCGCCCAGCUUGACCACCGCGAGCGAGGCGGGUACAAGCGCGUGGAGGUGACGUUGCAUGACUUACACACCCAUGACCCACUGCCGCUUCCGCAAGGGACGGUGUGCUUGUGCUACUUGGCGACGGAGGAAAACAGUGAGUACUUGGGACCCGCAACGGAGGAGAGCAUCGCGGCGCAGAUAUUGGAGGCUGCGGGGGAUAGCGGCCCAAACUCGGAGUACCUUUUCAACCUUGCCGCAGCUCUGCGGUCCCUGGAGGCGAUAGACGAUCAGGUUUUUGCGGUUGAAGCAGCUGCACGAAGAUUACUGGAGUGUGGUGGAAAAAAAUAA